UCAGCUGUCACUCACCGUUACAAUGCAUGGUGGGCGAACACCUGACUUCCUCCAAAGGUCCUUGAACCAGAAAACCAUAGAGUUUUUGGAACGCAUCACGUGACCCGCAGGUCCUUUGAUGCCACUACAAGGGUGUUACUACAGAAGAAAGAUGUAUCCACUUAAAAGUCAGUGGCGGACAAAAACUUGUAUGGACUGUACAUGCAGUUCUGAUGGAAGUUACGAGUGCUGCUCAGCUUACGGCACGCCAGUGAGAUAUGAUAAGGAGAGAUGCAAAUUCGUAUUUGACCAGAAGGAGUGUGUUUACAAACUGAUUCCAAAUGAAGAUCCAGCCAAACAGUGUGAAUCGUAUGCAAUGGUGGGAUAACCAGUUGUCUGCAAUCUUCACAACAAUGCUGAUCUUUUUAAGGAAAAUAGUUACUGUACUUUUAUUUACCAUGUUAAGGAUAACACAAAAUAAA